UCCAUGGUGGCGCUCACGGCCGCGCUGCCCGGCUUUGCCGAGCCGCCCGACGCCUUCUACGGGCCGCCGGAGCUGGCCCCCGCCGCGGCUGGGCGGGCCCCACACGAGCCCGGUGCCCUGCGCCCCGAGGGCGGCCCGCGACCCGACGAGCUGGGCCCGGCGCGGGAUAAGGGGGCCGAGCCGCCGCCGCCGCACUUCUCCGACACUUUCCCAAGUCUGCCGGCAGAAGGGAAAGCAUACAGCUCCGAUGAGGAGAAGCUGGAGGCCCCUGGAGGCGACCUGGCAGGCAGCGAACCGGAGGAAGAAGGCUCUGGCGCUGACAGCGAGGACAGCUUCCUGGAAGGCGUGGCUGGUGGGCCGGGGCCAUUGCUGGGACCCAAACCGAAGCUUAAGGAGGGCCUGGGGCCUGGGGCCGAGGAGAGCGCCCCGGUGCCAGCGGGGACAACAGCCCCAGGGGGCAAGAGCCGGAGGCGCCGCACGGCCUUCACCAGCGAGCAGCUCCUGGAACUGGAGAAGGAGUUUCACUGCAAGAAGUACCUCUCCCUGACGGAGCGCUCGCAGAUCGCGCAUGCCCUCAAGCUCAGCGAGGUGCAGGUCAAGAUCUGGUUCCAGAAUCGGCGCGCCAAAUGGAAGCGCAUCAAAGCCGGCAACAUCAGCAGCCGCUCGGGGGAGCCCGUGAGGAACCCCAAGAUCGUGGUGCCCAUCCCCGUGCAUGUCAACAGGUUCGCUGUGCGCAGCCAGCACCAGCAGAUGGAGCAGGGGGCCCGACCCUGA